AUUCCUAAUAAGAAGACAGACAAACAACAACAAGGCUAGCGCGUGAAGCCCACGCUCACAGCAGCUGGCAACAGCCAAUUUCCCUCUCAUUCCUUUCUUCUCCAAAAUCUCUCAUUUCUCCUUUAAAUCAUCAAAUCUCUCUCUCUUCUUCUCUUACCAACAAAACCUCACUCUUCAAAAUAACAAUGUCGUCUCCGGCGACUAUCUCCUCCUUCUUCUACUUCAUCACUCUCUCCUCCUUCUUCUACAUCUCUUCUUCUCUCGAAAACAACAACAAACACACAACAACUGUUAACUCCUUAAACAUCCCCUCCGCCGCGGCGGAGAUUGAGCUCGUUAACCCUAAACUUCCGCCGCGGAGUCUCUCACUCACAUCCUCCAAAAAAUUCGAAGGAUCUUCCAAUCUAAUCCACCUCCGUUACCAUAUGGGACCAGUCCUCUCUUCUUCUCCGAUCAACAUCUACGUUAUCUGGUACGGACGUUGGUCUCGUCCACACAAAUCCUUAAUCAGAGAUUUCCUCAAUUCAAUCUUCGACGCUAAAGCUCCUUCUCCCUCCGUCGCUGAAUGGUGGCGCACCGCUUCUCUCUACGCAGAUCAAACCGGAGCUAACGUGUCAAGAUCCGUUUUAAUCGCCGGUGAAUACUCCGAUUCGAAUUACUCCCACGGCCAACACCUAACUCGUCUGACGAUUCAAGACGUUAUCGCCUCCGCCGCGAGAUCCGCUUCGUUUCCGGUGGAUCACAAAAACGGAAUGUAUUUAGUUCUGACGUCACACGACGUCACGAUGCAAGACUUUUGCCGCGCGGUCUGUGGUUUUCACUAUUUCACUUUCCCGUCGAUGGUUGGUUACACUAUGCCUUACGCUUGGGUUGGUCAAUCGGGAAAACAAUGUCCUGAGGUUUGUGCUUAUCCGUUUGCAUUACCGGGUUAUAUGGGACACGGUGGUCCGGGAGAGCUCCGGCCACCGAACGGAGAGACUGGUGUAGAUGGGAUGGUUAGUGUGAUUGGUCAUGAGUUAGCUGAAGUUGUAUCGAAUCCGUUGAUUAAUGCUUGGUACGCCGGAGAAGAUCCGACGGCUCCGACGGAGAUUGGUGAUUUGUGUGAAGGAUUGUAUGGAAGCGGCGGAGGAGGAGGGUAUAUUGGUCAAGUUAUGAGAGAUAGAGAAGGGAAGACUUUUAAUAUGAAUGGUAAAGGAGGAAGAAAGUUUUUAGUUCAAUGGAUUUGGAACCCUAAUUUGAAAGCUUGCUCUGGUCCUAACUCUGUGGACUAAAACGAAGAAGAUGAAUGUUAAUGAUGGUGAUUUGUGGUAAUCACUAAGAUAAUGAUGAAAUAACUCGUUUAUUAUUAGAAUUAGGUUUAGUAAUGUAACAUUAUUUUACUUAUGGUUUUUUUUUUUUUGAUUAUAUAAUGCUUUUAUACUGUUUUUGUGUUUGAAUGAAUCUUGAUUUUCACACUCACUUUUUGUUUAUUUCAACACUAUUGGGUAAUGUUUAAGAGCUUUUAAUGUAUACUUCGGGAAGUGAAAAAGUUUGAAUUCAAAUUCUUUA